AUGACUAAGGCUUUUGGCGAUACUCUUCUUAUGGCCACGGGGCUAUGCGGUGUCGUUUCCCCCCAUCGGAGUCCUUACGCACUCCCUCGGCUUUCGAAGAAUGCAAACUAUCCACUUCGCCUCACUUCUUCUGUAUUGGUCUCGCUCAACGAACCCGAGAACUCCUUUGCUGAAACCACCGACUUGCUGCAAUUGUCUAAUGCUCUUCUAUUCAUGGACACGAAACUUGGAAAUCAUACCAAAAUCAGCUCGCAAGUGAGGAAUCUAGCAUACGCUUAUUCCCUUUUUACUGACGAAAUCGAAAAGUUGGACGCGGCGGGGAUUCAUCUAAUCGAGCUGAUUUCCCAAAAAUAUUUUAAAGUCAUUUACCAAAACAAAUAUUCGAAGAACCAGGUUGUCGAAUCCUUGCUGAGUUUUUCAAAUUACGAAGUACAGAGCUUACAGGCCGAUGCCAACAAAACCUUAGAAUCAGCAUACAGUCUUCUCGCUGAACAAGAUAAGACGUCGAUCUUAUUCCACGAAGAAAUACAUUUCCUUCGAAACGCACGGUAUCACCGUGGCCCAUGGGUCUUUCGAAUCGGCGGCGCUAAGAAGGUCAAAACCGAAGAGACAUUGAUAUUCCUGGAUCAAAACAGAAAAAAACUGAAACGCGGUUGGACUGCGUUGGAAAAGCAGAGAAGGCAGUUGAUUUUAUUCCUGGAACAGAUUCAACGUAUGAAGGCAAGUUUUUACCCGAUUGGUAUUCAUGACAGAUUCAUCUGCACCUGCAGCUUACCAUGUAUGUCUCAGGUCUAUCUUUCAAAUGUGGUUGGUGAAACUACCGGCUUGGAGUUGAUCUUUGAAGACUUUGGCGAACUUUCGCGCAAAUCAAAUCGAUCAAAAUGA